AUGUCUUCAUGCGGCCCUUCCCAGCGCCCGGGGCACCGGAGAGGCUCGCCCGCGCCCCGGAGGGGCUGGGAGGCGGGAUGCGAGGCUGAUGUCAGGGUGACACCUGUGAGGGAGACCGGAGGGGCACCUCCCAAGGACAGUGUGGACAGUGAAGAGCGUCUGGAGCCACAAGUCCUGAUGGGAAAUUUACCUGGAACCAUUCCAGAAAGUCCUCCAUCUCCUACCAAUAGAAAUAACAAAGUAAAUUCAGACCCAGUGACCAAUGGAUUAAUCAAUAAACUGCAACCCCUAGAGAAUCGAGAACGACAAAAGUCAUCAGACAUCCUAGAGGAAUUAAUUGUUCAAGGAAUAAUACAAAGCCACAGCAAAGUAUUUAGAAAUGGAGAAUCAUAUGAUGUUAUGGUGGACACAACUGAGAAGCCUCUGAGGAAGCCACCAGCCAGACUGAAGAAACUGAAGAUCAAGAAGAAUGUGAAGGAUUUCACAAUGAAGCACAUAGAAGAAAAGAUGCAGGCUGCGGAGGAGCGCCGAAAGAGUAAAGAAGAAGAAAAAAGAAAAAGGCUACGGAGUGAACGCCUUUUGCCCCCAACUAGUCGUUCAGACUCCACUGAACUGGGGGCAGCUGAUGUUCCGUUUGCCAAAGGCCCUCGGACUGAGAGUUCUGCUGAGUCUGCCCCGUCUGGCCUGCAGGCUGGAGAACCCCUGAAGAGGAGGAAGAGUAGAAGUGAUGCGACCCCGAUGGACAGAAGCUACCCUUACAAAAGUUUUGAGGUCGUGGAGUCAGACGUGUUCUACAAUCGAGAAGAUGACAUAUUCUAAUAAGCCAGUUUUUGUGAAUUUCAUAAAAAGGUACUCAUACUUCCCAACUGUCACAUUGCUAGUGUGUCUUAUGCUCUUCGCCCAUUCGACCUCACCCAUUGGGAUUUCUCUGUGAGUUAAGAAUGAUAAAGUGAGCAGCAUGGGCUACAUCCUGAUGGAGUGAAUUAAAUGGUCACAAAAAUGAAAAAGAAAAGAAGGGUUACGUUUGACCAGCUUAGAUAUUAUAAGGUGGGUAAUCUCCCUCAAGGUGGCCUCAGACAUUCCUAGACAUGGGUAAUUUAUGAGUCCCUUCCAGCUAACAUGAAAAUGUUUGUGCCAAAUGAGUCCCUCUUUGUCCUUACUCACCUUUGGCUGUGUCCACUGAUGGUUGUUUAUGACGAAUUACAUGGAUUUGUAUUGCGUAUUUUAAUAAUCUGGUUGCUUCUUGUGCUAUAUAUUUAGCUUUGUUUGAUUUAAAUCUUUGUGCUAUCAAGGAACAAAGCAAUAUCUUGGAGUUGAUCAAAUUAUAGCUUCAUCCAUAUAAUUUAAGUAAGCAAUAUCCAGUUCUCAGAAUUAUAUAAAGUGUAGAGCUUUCUUUGUAUUGAAAGAGAACUUCAACUGGGGCCACAGUAGGAGGGUGUGAGGGGGCUGAGAGAGUGCACCCUGGUACCUGUUCCUCUUUUCUCCAUCAGCACUCAGACCUGAGAAGUUUGCUGCCCUCAUUAUGGGAAUUCUAACUUGCUUCCCCUGAUACACACUUACCAUCCACAUCCAAUUAAUGAUUGGUCUUAGGGGUCUACAUUCUGAAGACCUCUUGCAUCCUUUUUUCUACUUGUCUCCCGUCACUACCUACCUCAUCCUCCACCACACAAUUGGAUUACAAUAAUUCUCUCAAUUUUAUACAAUUGUGGUUUGUUGAAGACCCCUUACUCACCAUCCUCUUUGUCAAGAUGGAAUCUGGACUCCUUCUUGAAGGUAAGGAUCUCAAAUUCUACAGUUCACCCAGCCUGACUGUCUUCUAGCUCCUCAAACUCAGCACACUCUCUGUAGUCUCUGGGCCUUUGCACAUGCUGUUCCCUCUUUCCUCUUUGCCCUUCUUGUUAUUUAACCUAUGGCUUCUCAGGCUUUUUUUUUUUUUUUAAUGUCUCGACUCAAUCAUUUCCCCCAGUUUUCCUGUCCAGGUCUCUCAUAGUCUCCUCUGUCUGUCAUCCUGGAAAAUGAUGCCUUGUGUUCCUCUCUUCCCUCUAGAAUUUUAGACUUCUGGGCCAAUGGGUAUGAUGGUGAUGGGGGAGGCAGUUAUUGCAGAACCAAAACAUUUGAGUCAGAGUCCACUUCUUGCAGUGUGACUUUGGAAAGGCAGAUAGACUCUCUGCAUCUCGGUCACCUUAUAUCAAUUUGGGAUAGUCACCACCACAGAGUUGCAUCAAAUGAAAUCACACAUUUAAAAAUACUGUAUAAACUAGAAUACACCACAAUGUAUAUAGGACAGUAGAUAAAUAA